AUGAUGCGAGAGAGGUCUGCCGUCGUGGCGGCGGCUAUGGUGGUUCAACAACAGCAGCAACAACAACACAAGCAGCUCCAACACCAGCAGCAACAACAGCAGCAGCAGCAGCAGCAACAACAUCAACAGCAACAACACCUUCAAAUGCAACAGCAGCAACAGUUGCAACAACAACAACAGCAACACUGUAGGUCGUUAAUGGCCACGGCGGCCAGUAGUGGUGGCCGCGGUCCUGGAACGGUCGGUUACGAUUAUUAUUCGUCGCCACCGCCCGGCUACUACGGCGGCGGCGUGGACGACGAUAAUGGCGCGGACGACGACGUGGAAAACGGCGGCUGCGACGACCACGCCGAUGGUGACGGCAGAGACGGAAUCGUGGACAUGAGCGGCGCCGGUGGCGGCCACGACGCUUCUGCGGACAACGAGGACGAUUGCUACGGUGGCCCGCCGUCCGCGGGCGGUACCAACAAAAGGAAACAGCGCCGGUACCGGACCACGUUCACCAGCUACCAGUUGGACGAGCUGGAAAAGGCGUUCGGCCGGACCCACUACCCCGACGUGUUCACCAGGGAGGAACUGGCGUCGAAAAUUGGACUGACCGAAGCCAGAAUACAGGUAUGGUUCCAAAACCGACGGGCAAAAUGGCGCAAACAGGAGAAAGUCGGUCCACAGGCUCACCCGUACAGCGGUGGGGGUGGAAAUCCGUACUUGGGAGUGCCGAGUUCCAUGUCGGCCGGCCGCCACAGCCCAUCUGGAGCCGCGUUGAGCCCGCUUCCGGCUAACCCACCGUUCAUGAUGACAGGUGGCAUGGGCUUGGGCGGUGGUGGCCCGUUGGGAAUGGGCAACAUUGGUCUGGGUAGUCAUCAUUCUACUACACGCCGGUCACCACCACAAUCACACCAUCACCAGCAGCAGUUACAAGCCGCGGCCGCUAUGGCAGCUGCAUUGCGUGGCCACCAUCACCAGCACCAUCAUCCGGGCAACGGUGGCUCAGGCAGAUCACCGCCACUGCCUUCACCGACGUCACAGCCCUGUCGACCGUCGCCGCUGCGCCAUGGAACCUCAACUCCCAGCAACAGCAACAGCACCAACGCAGCAACGGAGCCGCCGCAGCCGCAGCUGCAGCUGCAGUCGCAGCGGCGGCAGCUAACUUCCGUGGUUAUCCGUCUCAGCUGCAACAGCAGAGAUCGCCGCCCGGAAAACGAUAGCGCCUCGACUACUCGCCUGCCUCUACUACCAACAACUCACCACCUCCAACAAUUCCGCUUCAGCCGACGCUCUACCAUCCAGCACCGGUGGCCGCGCCGCCAGCUGUGCCGUCUCAGCACCAUCUCCACCAUCAUCAUCCUUACGCCGCCGCUUAUCACCAACACCUCGCGGUGGCGUCGGUGGUCAGGGAUACCAACAAUCACCAUCAUACAGCAGCAACAGCAGCAGCAGCAACACUUCAACAGCACUGCUGCCAACAUGGCCAUGGCUGCGGCCGCCAUGCGACCCUCCGCCGUCGUCGGUGGUGCUCGGUCACCGCCGCUUUCGCAGACGACGCCGCCAGCCAUACUGCACCCGCUACCACCGCCGCCGCCACCACUUCCGUCAGGUCCGCUCGCCGUACCACCGCCACCUCGGUCCGAUUCGUCGACCACGUCACCACCGGCCGCGGUAAUUCGCGGGGGCGGUGGCAGUCGGAGCUGCAGCGACAGGAGCAGCCCGGCCGGGUCGGACGGUGACGCGUGUCCUCCGGCGGAUCCGAUUACUGCGGCGGCUACUGCAGCAGCAGCCGCCGAACUAAACCGUCGGUCGUCCAGCAUCGCGGCGCUCCGCAUGAAAGCCCGCCGUCACCGGGAUGAGAUCCGCUUGCGCGGCGGUAGCAACGCCGGCGACGAUGCCGCCAAUGCCAACGGUGGCCGCUGUUCUUCCUCGUCGUCGCUGUCGUCGUCCACUUCGUCUUAA